ACACACGCAUGCAUACUAUUUAUUGUCAAACUUUUGUUCUUGACGUCUGUUGUCAAAUUGAGAUUAAAUAUUGUUCGUCUUUGUUAAUAUUAUUUAUAGUGUAGUCUUGGCGAAAUUUGUGAUUCUAGAAGUAUAAAAUACAAUCAUAAUAGUGUACAAACUUACAAUUCCAAUUAAUUAUAGUCGAAUUUCGACUACUACGGGACCUCUAGUAAAGAUUAUUUUCUAGAACGUACUUAAGUAGUCUGUUAAAUAUACAUAUAAGUAUAUAAUAUUGUCACGCUUCAUUUGUGCUUGAAUCUCAGAAGAUAAGAGAACAAAUAUGGAUAAACCAGCUGGAUUAAUUUCCUCAUUGGUGGUUUGCAUUCUGCUACUGCAAGGGCUAGUCGAAAGUGCGCCAUCAUCUGACGCUCAUCUCUUUCCACCUCCUCCAAUUGCAUAUGUCGCUCGGGGAGGCACCGUAACAUUAAAAUGCUCCGCAACCGGCUCCCCGACCCCUACGAUUAGAUGGAAGAAAGGAUCAGAAUGGCUGACUCCCGAAGACAAUACAGUGUCAAAGCAUGUUCUGACACUAACAAACGUUACAGAAGAAGGUAAAUACACAUGUGUCUUUAAAACGGGAGAGCUUGUUUCUUCAGUGACGACCGCUGUUAAAAUCAGACCAUUACCACGCACACCGCACAGCGUCCAUAUGUCAGACGUCACGGACACCAGCGCUCAGUUGGAAUGGUCGUAUUCCUACAUCCCAGGGACAGACGAUCCAACUCAUUACCACUUGCUUUUGAAACCUAAGCAACAAAACAUUGAACCUCAGGAUAUAACAACAGGGACGAGAACAAGUUUCGAACUGACAAACUUGACUCCGGCAACCGAAUAUCAAGUUCAGGUCAUUGCAGCUGGUACUGUCGGUAAAGGACCCGCCACAGAACCAGUUUUCUUUACUACCAAAUUUUAAAAUUUGUUAACGUAUUUUUUUCAUAAAGAUUUAUUUAUUUAUUUUGGAAAUUGAUGUAAUUGCGCAUAUAUCUAUAGUCUUUUCUUUCCAUUCAUUUGUUGAAAUAUAUAGAGGGAUACUGACUUGAUAUCACUUAUAAUCUCAUGUACGAACAGCGAACGUAUUAUCAUUACGAAGUAAGUAAAAAAACUGAAACGAAACAAAAUUUUAGAAAUUAUACAUGAAUUUAUUAUGUAGGUACUCAAGGAAAUAAAUAAAUAUAUUAUCGUAAAAA